CUCAGUACCUCGCUCCCACCCCUCCAUUAUCCUCCAUCGCCUGAGCAACCCCGAGGCACGUCACAGUCGGUUACCCUCCAAACCAACUUGCAAUGCCUCCGCGCGGACCCCGCACAACGGCUCCUGCUGUCUCCGCCGAAUCCAGCAAGCGCAAGCUUCCCGAAGCUCAAGAGCAAACCUCUCCUCGAAGGUCGAAGCGCGUGAAGCCUGCUGUGGGUCCGAAAGCUGCGCCAUCGUCCAGUCAGUCGAAACCCCGCGCAGCUGCCACCAAACCUGCCACGAAGAAUACGAAAGCCCCAGCGAGGAAGCCUCGUGGAGGGGGCAAGGUCAUUUCCCUGAAGGGUCUUGAGACGGUCGGCAAUAACCCGGAGGAGCAAUUCGACGAGGGUGAGGGAGAGGAAAGCGAAGAGGCAGAUGAGAAGCCAGUGGUAAAGGCAAAGGCCCCAAGGAAAAAGAAGACAAAGGAGGAGGCAGAGAUGGUACCGCUGCGAGCCCGCACACCGGGCUUGCGCAUGUGCGUGGGAGCUCAUGUCAGCGCUGCCAAAGGUGUCUUCAAUGCCGUCCAUAACAGCAUGCAAAUUGGUGGCAACGCCUUCGCCCUCUUCCUCAAAUCGCAGCGCAAAUGGGACAACCCACCCCUUCAAGACGACCAUCGAGACCAAUUCCGCAAACUGUGCCUGGAGAACAAAUACGACGAUCCAAAACACAUCCUCCCCCACGGCUCAUACCUCGUCAACCUGGCCCAAGAAGACAAGGACAAAGCCAAGCAGGCCUACGACUCAUUCCUCGAUGACCUCCGCCGCUGCGAGGCUCUCGGAAUCACCCUCUACAACUUCCACCCCGGCAGCGCCAACCAAAGCAGCCUCCCCGACGCCCUCUCCCGGCUCGCCAAAGCCCUCACAAACGCUCUCUCCGCAACCUCCACCGUAGUCCCCGUCCUGGAGACGAUGUGCGGCCACGGCACCACAAUCGGCGGCUACCUGCACGAAUUCCAGGACCUCCUCGCCCUAAUCCCGAAGGAACACCACCCGCGCAUCGGAAUCUGCAUCGACACCUGCCACAGCUUCGCAGCGGGAUACGACCUCGUUACCCCCGCCGGCUUCAAGGCCUUCAUGCAGGAAUUCGAAGACAAGAUCGGCAUCCAACACCUGCGCGCUCUCCACCUGAACGACUCCAAGGCCCCGGGAGGCAGUAAAAGAGACUUGCACGCGAACAUUGGAACCGGAUUCCUCGGUCUCCGGGCCUUCCACAACGUCAUGAACGAGCCACGGUUCCAGGAUCUCCCCAUGAUCCUCGAAACGCCCAUCGACCGUCCUCCACCGGGGGCCGUCAAGGAAGAAGACCAGGACAGCGACAGCGACCCCGACAGCAAGAAGAAGAAAAAGAAGCCGGCAGCAGCUAAACUCGUCCCCGACUACGGCGUCUGGGCCCGGGAAAUCGAACUCCUCGAAUCUCUCAUCGGGAUGGACCCCGAGGGUCCGGAGUUCCGCGCUCUCGAGGCGAAGUUGUCCGAGGAAGGGAGGGAGACGCGCGAGAAGCAGCAGGAGCAGUAUGAGCGCAAAAUGGAGACCGAGAAAAAGAAGCAGGCGAAGGGUAGUCCGGCAAAGAAGGGACAGAAAUCUCUGCUGGAUAUGAUGAAGGGGCCGGGGAAGAAGGGUAAGGCUGCGGAUGACGGGAGUGACGAUGAGGGCUGUCAGAGUCAUGCCGAGGAUUGACAUGGGAUGUGGAGAAAGAUAUCUAUCUAUAUGACACCCUUGAUAAUGCCCAACAGUGCGAAAUGAUCUUCUCGGUGCUUUUUCUGUCUAAUAAUACCCCAAUCUGUCAGAAAAGCAGCAACCAUAUAUAUACUUCCGCCAAUCUAUGCUGUACUCGUUAUCCGGACUUGAUUUCCAAAGCGAAGCUUU